CCUCGGGAAGUAACCCAGCCUCUGAUUGGCCAAAGCGAGUCACGUGAACAUUUCCCAAGCGGAGUUUCCACGACAGCUGGAAGCCGAGCGGUACAGGCGCAUCGCUUCUUUGCUAAAAUUAUCGGAAAUAACACGACUUCUGCUCGUCUCAGCACCUCCAGAUAAACCCUGGUCUGGCAUGGGCGACAAGAGGAGUCCCACAAGGCCGAAGCGUCAACCGAAGCCCUCCUCCGACGAGGGGUUUUGGGACUGCAGCGUGUGCACGUACAAGAACACGGCAGAAGCUUUUAAGUGCAUGAUGUGUGAUGUCAGGAAGGGGACAUCAACAAGGAAACCUCGUCCCGUCUCCCAGCUCGUCUCGCAGCAGCAGGUAACCCAGCAGUUUGUGUUGCCCUCGCAGCCCAAAAAGGAGAAGAAGGAGAGAGUAGAGAGGGAGAAGAGCGACAGAGAGCCGGCGCUCAAGAAGAACAGUCACAAAAAGAUGAGGCCCAGAUUAAAAAACAUUGACCGGAGCAGCGCACAGCACCUGGAGGUGACGGUUGGGGACCUGACAGUCAUCAUAACGGACUUUAAGGAGAAGGCCAAGCCCUCGUCCACCUCGGCUACAUCGUCCAGCGCCGCAUCCACGGCCGACCACCACAGCCAGAACGGCUCCAGCUCGGAGAACACAGAGAAGGGGCUUUCCCGCUCCUCCUCACCACGAGGAGAGGGGAGCUCAGUCAAUGGAGAGUCCCACUGAGUCACCCCCUCAAAACCUCCCCUGGCCCCCACCCACAUCUCAUCUGCAAGUCCACGGGUCGCUGGUGCAGCGUCCUGCCUCUAUUUUAGAGCUGCACAAUACUGACAAAAAAACUGUUUUUUGCUUUCUUUCUUUUGGAUAUUUCAAAUUUCAAUAGGAUUUGUUUGCCCAUUUACCAGAGAACAAGUUGCCAACACAUCAGAUUUGGCAAGUUUCAAUCAGUUUAAAGAUUCUCCACAGCACUGGAAUUCUGCAUUUAGAAAGCAAUAUGAAACACCUUUUGCGCCAUCUUUGAAGUUUUUAGUGAUCAACAUUUUCACUUGGACAUUUGGUGUAACCGGAGGGAUCCCACACGUUGUCCAAAGCUCGCUACUAGAAUAUUUACUGAGACAGUUUCAUUCUGACGAGGAACUUCUUCAGUUUGGACAAGCUGUAUGGUCCUUUGCGGUUUCCCUUGAUAUCAUCUUCAGUGGCUGGCAGAGUGACCUUUUUUUCCCCCAUGUGGAAUUUUUAACCUCUGUCUGGAAUCAUUACCUACUUGUUAUAAACCUGAACCAUCUACUACACACUCUCAGUGUCCCUACACUGAACCUUCAACCUCACAGCGAACCUUCGCUCCUGAUCUUGAUACUCCAAGCUUUUACUUCUGGACUGCCUCUGCUGUAGAGUGACUUUUUUGACACAGCAUAGCAGCUGUACUCCUACUGGCACCAUUUGUGUGUUGCGUAAUGUUUGGAGCAGGUUUGUUUAGUUCAGGUAAUGCUUGUCAUGGCCGUGUAAAGGCACCGGGCAGGUUUUGAUAAAAGUCCUCUUUUAAAGGUUGCAGGAAGGUAUAGUAUACAUUUAAAGGAUAAUACCGGUGUUUUUUGUUUUAGGUUUGUGCCAAUAAUCGACUCUACCCCUGUUUUUACAUUAUUCCCAGUUUGCCUGCAUACAGUCAGCCAAGUUAGAGAUACAAUCAGGGUUUUGUUUUUCUAUCUAGCCAUUCAUUUUGUACAGUAUAUAAACAACAACCACAAACAUGCAUUAAGUGAUAUUUUUGAUAUAAACAUAGAAUCUAAUGAAUUUGAGUAAUGUGAAAAGCUGAACAGAAUCACCAACUCUCCAGCUAUAUGCAGCUUUUAGCUCAUUGUUAUGACUCUCACAUACACCAACCACCAACCAUCCAUGUCCAGCAAACCAGUUCAGACAAGCUGUUGUUACACUACCUGGCUAGCAUGCAAUGGCAGAAGAUUGAAGUUAGCUAUUAGCUGGUAAAGAAAGUUUUAAACAGCUGCUAGUUAACUAGCUACUAGCCAAGUACAGUCCAAACCAGAGCUGAAAGUUUGAUAAAUAUUGGGCUAAACACUAAUCCAAAUGGAUGCUUAUGUUGGUAUAUGUCUGCUAGAUAUGCAAGUAGGCAAUACAUUGCUAACAUAUUAGCCAUAACAGCUAAAAUCUGUCUCUCAGGGCUUUGUUUCUUUGAGUUGAGUUUGCAGUCUUCCUGUACCCUCAUGCUAUCAAAACAAUCACUUAAUGCAGCUUUAAGAAUUAUCCAAGCUUUGUAAUUCAUUACAGUAGGCGUGAACUUUGGUAAUACUUUAUCCGUCACAUUGUCAAUACAUGAUGUAGACAAAAUGUGUUACCAGUCACUGACAUCCUUUUUAUGAUAAUGUUGCACCAUCAACGCAAAUACGGUAACAAUUCUUCAAAAACGUGUUGCCUUACAAAUGCACAUCAUCAUAUUUCUGCUUUUAUUUUGCGUGCUUUUAUUUUCUUGAACAAGAGCUAAUUUCAAGCCAGGUUUAUGACAGUCAAGUUUGUUACAGAGAUAGUCGAUUGCACAAUGACUGAGGAACUGCCAACUAAAUGUAGAAGGUAGUUAAGGGGCUGUAGCUGUAAACGGCACCGGUAUUCUCCUUUUAAUCUCUGCUGCACAAACAGGGCUGCACCUGCUCAGUGUCACAGUGGAAAACCAGAGGGUGCUUAUACUGUUCUGCCCCCGCAGUGGACCCGGUCUGGAUACAGCAUGGUGCUUGUACAACAGAAAAAGAGCUUUGACUUCUGGACAUGCACAUUUAGCAGCUGUAUAGGUGGUGUGAUGGACUUCAGAAACUGUUUAAAUUCCUCCAUUUUGAUGUAGCAAAGUGGGGGAGCUUUAGAAUCUACUAAACUCCCAGCAGAACAACGAUAGAUCAACCUAACUACACAAUAACUUAUAAAACCUGUAGAAUACUACGCAGAUAAAAUGGAUAUUUCUAAAAUAUUGUACUACAAUGUUUUGAUGUGGUUGUAUUAUCCAUCAUACCAGUGUUAUUGUCGAGAUCUUUACUUUAACAUUUUAGCACAGAUCCUGAGAACUGUCAUGGCAUGAUAAUAUUAUGGUCUCAGUAUAUUGUGGGACAGGCUAUGUCUCUUAGUAUGUUAGCAUCGUUUAAUGUGUCAGAGACGUAUUCUUAUAGGUUCACUGCACUAGCUGGGACUAGGUGUGUGGACUCGUGAGAACUGUUCGGAAAGACAUUUGUUAUUUGGUUGUGGCAAAAAUGGAAAGACACUUAAAAAUAUGUUAGUGUCACUUGUUGAUAUUGUUUUGUUUUGCUUUGCCAUGCUCAGUUGUUUUCAAAUGUGUGAACUUGUUUAUUACAUGUCUGAAUAAGAAAAUAACAAAAUUCCAACAAAAAAAAGUCUUUUUCAUGCACACAAUUUUACGUUUUGUCAUUAGUCACUUUCUCAUCUAUGCCGGUUUCAUACUAAUAUGGCCUUUUUCUAAGCAGAGUAUUUUUUGUUGUUGUUUUUAGCGCCACCUGGUGAACGAAUUAAUAACUGCUGCUUAUCUUCAACACAGUACAUACAGGUUCAGACUAGUUUACAGAUUGGGCCCCUAAUGCCAAACUGUGCACAUCCCCAACCAUGUAAUAGUUGAGUUUUAAUGAGUAGUUAUAAGCAUAAGGUAUGGUUUACACACUAAUUAAUUAACCACUACAUCAGCCAAUAACCUAAUUUUCCCACACUAAAUGAAAAUGCAGCUGACGUUCAGGUCUGUUGUCUAGUGGAGCCACCUCAAUAAAAAACACUAGUCACUUAAAGCCAUGAAUGGGUCUUUUCAGAGGUGAAAUCAAUUGAAGGUUGCUGCAGACGGAGCCUGAGGGGGGAGGGAGGGGGAGGAAUCAACUUUGCUUAUAGCUCCCACCCUUCCCCCAUGUAGGGUCCCGACCUCCUGCUUCUGUUGCAUGAUGUGCAUCAAGUGAAACGGAUUGAAUAGAGACAAAUUCCGGAAGUUUGUUAUCGCCUUCAAAGUAAAAGUCCAAAAUGUAUGCCUAAAGAUAUGAAAAGGGACAGUAAGUGAACAGAAGCUAAUUUAGACCACACUAAGUAUCGGACGUUUUUAUGAAAAGUAUUACAAUAUACAAUGAAAAUCACAAGUAUAUAAUUUGUAUUAUGGUACAUUCCUAAGCCUCCCAUCUUUCAAAUAAGUUUGUCAAAUGUCAAAAUCGUUGAAUCUGUAGGAGGUGAGCUAAAGAAAAUGGUCAGAGCAAAUAGUUUCUCCUUCCCUCACAUUAUAGUCUUCAAGUACAAGAGUGAUACAGCACAUGAGAUAUCUGAGCCAUGCUUUCAAGCAUUACCAUAGGUAUGGACCAUAGACUGUUUGUGUGUGUGUGUAUAUAUAUAUAUAUAUAUAUAUAUAUUGUCUAUAUUAUGGUAUAGACAUGAGCAGCUACACCAUUUUAAAAGUGCAUACUUGUAUAAAUGGGUCUUAAAUGUCAUAAAUGACCACACUGA